ACAAAAAAACAAACAAACCAAAAAGAUAACAACAAAGCACCAAGGAAAGUUUAGUUUCAAGCAAAGGAUAAAAAAAGGAUCAUCAUCCACGCAAAGGCGUGGCAACCAAAAACAAAAAACCCUACAAAGUGAAAGAGAUUGAGAAAUAUAUCAUCAUCAUUCAGAAUACAGUCCAAGAGGUGUUUGGGUCUGGCUUUUCUUUCUUUUAGUACUACUACCACCACCACCACUGAAAAGUCAGUGUAUCCACACAUAUUUAUUACACAUAUCAAAGGAAGGUCUGUCUUCUUAUGUUCUCUUUUACCAUCUUUUUCUGUCUAUAGAAAAGUCUAUAUCGACUUCCAUAUCCUUUCUUCUUUUGUUCUUCCUUUUCACUCAAGUAAUUGAUCAAUAUGAUAACAACCUCUCCAACCAACUAGCGAUACAUAUUGAAUAUUCUUGGUGUCUUGUUUUUAAUUACAAAAGAAAGAUGUGCGGAUUGAAGGAAGAAGAUCAAGGACAGUGUUCUCAAACUAUUCAUAACAUUCAAGGCUAUCAAGAACAGUUUUUUCUUCAGCAACAACUCAUGCAACAGCAACAGCAACAACAGCAAAAUAGUGAUAUGUAUGGAGGAGGUACAGGAGGAUUGAUCUUUCCUGAAGCUUCACCCAUCCUUCCAUGGUCUUUCACUCAGGUUAACUCUUUCAACCCGGCUCACUACACCACCAACCCGGUUCGUGAACAUGACCCAUUUCUUCUCCCUCCUCCACCAUCAUCAUACGGGAGUUUGGUCAACAGAAGAGCUCCCGCUCUACAGUUUGCAUAUGACGGUUCAUCAAGUGAUCAUCUCAGGAUCAUAUCAGAUACUCUUGGACCAAUGGUUCAAACCGGUUCAGCUCCUUUUGGUCUACAAGCUGAAUUGGGGAAAAUGACCGCCCAAGAAAUUAUGGAUGCUAAGGCUCUUGCUGCUUCCAAAAGCCACAGUGAAGCUGAGAGGAGACGAAGGGAGAGAAUUAACAACCAUCUUGCUAAGCUACGCAGCUUACUACCCAGCACCACCAAAACGGACAAGGCUUCUUUACUAGCUGAAGUAAUCCAACAUGUUAAAGAGCUAAAACGGCAGACUUCUUUGAUAGCUGAAACGAGUCCAGUACCGACGGAAAUCGAUGAGCUAACAGUAGAUGCAUCGGACGAGGAUGGUAAGUUUGUAAUAAAAGCUUCACUUUGCUGUGAAGAUAGGUCUGAUCUCUUACCUGACCUAAUAAAAACCUUGAAAGCUUUACGUUUAAGAACGCUAAAAGCUGAAAUUACAACACUUGGGGGCCGUGUAAAGAAUGUUUUGUUCAUUACUGGUGAAGAAGAUUCAAGUAGUAGUGGUGAGCAACAGCAACAACAGCAACAACAGUAUUCUAUAAGCUCAAUCCAAGAAGCAUUAAAAGCAGUGAUGGAGAAGACUUCUGGUGAUGAGUCUUCUUCAGGGAAUGUUAAGAGACAAAGAACCAAUAUCAAUAACCUUGAACACAGUUUUUGUCGUCCCCACCCCGCCAUGUCUACCUUCUUCCUAUCUGUACAAUGAUGAUGUUUCAUGCCAUUCCACUUCUGGUUGUGAGUUAUCAAAAAAUAAAA